AGCGGAUCAUUUCGAUCAUCAUUGAGAUCAAUAAUAGCACCUUACAUGAGCGCGCCUCUUCGUGCGCGCGCCCGCCUUGACUCCGCUGAGAUUGUUGCGUGAUUGGUGUGUUUUCCAGGUGAAUAUUGUCGCCGGAGGAGUGAUGGAGCCUCACACAAACAGCUGAUCACGGUCCGUGCCGGAGGAUCAUGUCCUAUGUGUCUUCACAAGAUGGAAGGUGUGUGUCUCCAUGUUCUCGGCCUCACACCCCUCUGAAUGGCCACGCCCACGACUCCCCUGGCUGGAGCCGCCAGCUCCGCGUCAGAGAUGGAGACCAGUUCUACUUGCUGGAUCAAGAGGAGGUUCAUCCAUUGCUGAUGAAUGAUCAUCGUCCCGUCUCUCAGCGACACAAACUGCUGCGCAGGACCGUCAGUGUACCUGCAGAUAACAGACCUCAUCCUGAGUCAGAGCACGCUCGUGCUCGCAGGAAGAGCUUUGCCACGUCGCGGCAGAGAAGCAUGGAAACUCCGCCCACUGCACCUACUCAGCCAUUCCGACAACCUAGUUUUCUUAGCCGCCGUCUGAAAGGUUCGAUAAAGCGAGCAAAGAGUCAACCCAAACUCGACCGCACUGGAAGCUUCCGCCACAUGAUCCUCCCACGAUUCCGCAGUGCUGAUCAGGAGAGGACGCGACUGAUGCAGAGUUUUAAGGAGUCUCACUCGCACGAGUCUCUGCUCUCUCCGAGUAGUGCGGCCGAGGCACUCGAUCUCACGCUGGACGAGGAUGCCAUUAUUAAACCCGUCCACUCCAGCAUCCUCGGCCAGGAGUACUGCUUCGAGGUGACGACAGUAUCAGGCACGAAGUGCUUUUCAUGUCGUUCUGCAGCAGAGAGAGACAAAUGGAUGGAGAAUCUGCAGCGGGCCGUGAAGCCGAACAAGGAUAACAGCCGUCGUGUUGAUAAUGUGCUUAAGAUGUGGAUUAUUGAAGCGCGAGACCUUCCAACUAAAAAGCGCUAUUACUGCGAGCUGUGUCUGGACGACAUGCUGUACGCUCGAACCACCAGCAAACCUCGAACGGACACAGUGUUCUGGGGAGAACAUUUUGAGUUUAACAACCUCCCCGCCAUCCGCAGUCUCAGAUUACACCUGUACAAAGAAACUGACAAGAAGAGACGAAAGGAGAAGAGCACAUAUCUGGGUCUGGUUAGUAUCCCGAUCUCCAGUAUAACGGGUCGUCAGUUUGUGGAGCAGUGGUAUCCCGUCAUCCAGCCCAGUGUUCUGGCAAAAGGGGGCGGAGUCGGCAGUGGGAAGAUCAUCAACGCAUCGCUGCGACUCAAAUCUCGCUAUCAGACGAUGAAUAUCCUGCCGAUGGAGCUGUAUAAGGAGUUUGCGGAGUACGUCACCAAUAAUUACCGCACAUUGUGUGGCGUUCUGGAGCCGCUGUUGAGCGUGAAGAGUAAAGAGGAAGUGGCGUGUGCGCUGGUACACAUCCUACAGAGCACUGGGAAGGCCAAGGACUUCCUGUCUGAUAUGGCCAUGACUGAGGUGGAUCGAUUCAUGGAGCGCGAGCAUCUGAUCUUCAGAGAGAACACACUGGCCACUAAAGCCAUCGAAGAGUUCCUGAAGCUCAUCGCUCUCCGUUACCUCAAAGACACCAUCGGGGAGUUCAUCCGCGCGCUGUACGAGUCCGAGGAGAACUGUGAGGUGGAUCCCAUGCGAACGCCCCCAUCUGUGGUGGCGGAUCAUCAGGCUAAUCUGCGCAUGUGCUGUGAACUCGCGCUGUGCAAGAUCAUCAACUCUCAUUGUGUGUUUCCACGGGAACUGAAGGAGGUGUUUGCGUCGUGGCGUGUGCGUUGUGCCGAGCGUGGCCGUGAGGACAUCGCGGACCGUCUCAUCAGCUCGUCUCUCUUCCUGCGCUUCCUGUGUCCAGCGAUCAUGUCUCCAUCUCUGUUUAAUCUGACGCAGGAAUAUCCGUCCGAGCGCACCUCUCGAACUCUCACGCUCAUCGCCAAGGUGGUGCAGAGCCUCGCCAGCUUCUCAAAGUUCAGUGGUAAAGAGGAUUAUCUGGGCUUCAUGAAUGAGUUUCUGGAGAUGGAGUGGGGCUCAAUGCAGCAGUUCCUGUAUGAAAUCUCUAAUCUGGAGUGUGUGAGUAACGCCGUGGCGUUUGAGGGUUACAUCGACCUCGGCCGAGAGCUGUCCAUCCUGCACAGUUUACUCUGGGAGGUGAUGGCCCAGCUCAGUAAGGACGCCAUAUUGAAACUGGGGCCGUUGCCACGGUUACUGAAUGACAUCAGCGUGGCGUUGCGGAACCCUCAGCUGCACCGUCAGGCGAGUCACCAGCCGCCCGAACGUCACCUGUCACGACCCGCAUUCGCCCGCCUAGCCACUAACGACUUCCAGAGCCUCAUGAUGAGAGACCUCAACAGCUCUAUAGAUAUCUCUCGUCUGCCGUCUCCAACGGCGGGUUUGUCUGGAAGUGGCGUUCUGUCUCAUCCAGGAAUGGCUGCGUUCUCCGAGCGCGAUCACCGUGGCAACAAAGACGUGUUCUACGUGACCCGCCCUCCUCUGGCACGCUCAAGCCCCGCCUACUGCACAAGCAGCUCUGACAUCACUGAACCUGACCCGAAGGUUCUCAGUGUGAAUAAGAGCGUGUCUAUGAUGGAUCUUCAGGAUUCACGCAUUAACAGCGUGUCGAAUCUGCACUCUGUCAAUGACCUGCUGAACUCGUCUCAGGGCUCUCUCGCCGGGCUGGGCAGGUAUGGUCCACUGGGUGGCGCCCCUCUCAGGGCCGGAGGUCGCGUGUCAGCGGGGUCAAAUAUGUCGGGCGGUUUGCGUAUGGGGACGGAUUCGCUCUCACAGCAGCAGCAACAGCAGGCGGCCGCGAUGCACGUGCCGUUAUCCUUCCAGAACCCCCUGUUCCACCUGGCGUCCGACGGGCCGCAGUACCACACCCCCCCUCAUGUGCCCGCUGCGGCCCCGCCCCCACUCCUGCUCGCCCCGGAGCCUGAGAACGGACACGCUGGCUUCGGCAUGCCGACGUUCGGUCACAGUGGCUUCUCUCGCAGCGAGGAUCUGUCGGCUCUGCGCUCACAGAACAGUCUGGUGCAACCCAACAUCGUCCACUCGCACAGCUACAGCGACGAUUUCACACGCCACAAUCAGGCCGACUACGCCCGCAGACAGCUCUCGCUGCAGGUGCAGGAGAAUCUUCAGCAGCAGGUUUUAAUGGGCAUGGCUCCACAGACAGCGACGGGCACCGGCACGCCCGCUUCUCUGGCCACUCCCCCUACCACCAUUCAUCCUGUGCGUCAGGCCUCCAUGGCUCUGCCUCCUCAGCGUGCAAAGCCUCAGCCUUCUCACCAGCUGUCCGUCAGCUCAGCCGCUAACUCCACGCCUCCCAAGACCCGCCCUCAGAGCGGGAACCUCCUCCAAUCACCCGAGUCAAGUUUCGGGCCGAGGCAGUUGCCACGACAGCAGCUGUCAGCAAAGGAUAGCCCCGCCCCCGGGCUUCCGCAUCAGUCCAGCACAGUGAAUGAGAACGCCACACCACAAGGGGGCGCUAGUGAGAGCAUAGAAAACACCCCUAGCAACCAACCCGCCAAACCCGCUCAACAAAAUAACCAACAGAAUCUACUCAAACCAACAGUUAACAAACAGGGCUCGAAAUCUCCCUCCACAUUGAACACCCCCACAGCUGCAUCUGAGCGUACGGUGGCCUGGGUGUCCAACAUGCCGCACCUGUCUGCAGACAUCGAGAGCUUGCGUGUGGAUCGUGAGGAUUUCAAACUGAAGGAACACUCUAAGAGUAUGGACGAGUCUCGUCUGGACCGGGUGCGCGAGUACGAGGAGGAGAUUCACUCUCUAAAGGAGCGUUUGAUGAUGUCACACCGUAAACUGGAGGACUACGAGCGCCGGCUUCAUUCGCAGGAACAACAGACGAGUAAAAUUCUGCUGCAGUAUCAGAGUCGCCUUGACGACAGCGAGCGACGCCUGCGACAACAACAGGUGGAGAAAGACUCGCAGAUCAAAGGAAUCAUCAACAGGUUAAUGGCUGUAGAGGAUGAGAUGAGAGGAAGUGGAAUGCCUGACCUGAAAACCAGAUUAUUCACAGAACAGCCCAUUUAUGGCGCUCACUCUGGAACAUGAUUGGCCCGUGCAGGAAUAGUGGACAUGUGAUUGGUUGAACCUCAACCCUGGGAUAUCUGUUGAUUGGCUGAGAGAGACGAGAAAGGCUGAUCCAGAGAAUGACCAACAACUCUAUAAUCUCUCUCUCUCUUUCUCUCUCACACACACACUGGGAAUAUAUAUAUAUAUAUAUAUAUAUGUGUGUGUGUAAUCAAUAAAUAUAUAUAUAUCUAUAUUCAUCAGGUGUCUCUCUCUCUCCUGCUGUC